AUGGACGGCGACGACGAGGAUAUGGACUUGGAGACUGCCCAGGCCCAAAUAGACAUGUCUAUGGCGUUCGUGAAUGAUCUCGUCUCGGGAUGGAUGAAGAACUCCAACGCAAAACUGCCAACAUCUACAUCACGAGUCGAUGAAGAGAAGGAGCUAGAGGAGUACAUGCGUAGACCUCCCCGGUUAGGCGUCGGCGCCCCCGUGCCAGGAUCUUCAGAUAUACGGAGUCGCGAGACCGCCAAACUCCGGAACAAGCUGGUCACGAAUGGGAAGAAACGGGCCAGGGAGGAUGAGGAAGCGUCUUCGACUCCUGGUCCAAGCGCGAUGGUCAUCUCGGAUGACGAAGAGGAGAGUAGAGCCCGGGCAAUCACUAAAAAGGCGCGUAUCGACCCCUUUGCGCCCAAGCAGAAGGAGAAAAAGAAAGGCAAGGCAGACCAGCUUGCUGCCCAAUCCACGACUUCGCCCUCAAAGACAGCCAGUCUUCCAUCCAAACCCAGGACCGUAGAGCCUGCGACGCCCGUUCCUCUAGCUACGUCUCCGCCUACUAAGACAGCCGUGUCCCCGCCGAAGGCGAAUCCCGCAGAGCACGCGAACAAGUACUCCGACAUCGAGGAGAUUCCCGAACCCACCGGCGUUACUUCCCCAACCCGACCCCAGCCCCCCAAGCCAGUCCCACAGCCGUCUCCGCAACAGCUGGAUCCGUUUGGGCACCCGUUGCUGAACCUCAGUGGGCCUCCGCCCGACGUCGGGGAUGAAGAGGCCGGGGCGUCGAAGAAGAAACGGAAGAAGAGGAAGAAAAAGAGGAAACAUGCGAUGACGGACGCGGUUGCACACAAGGAGGUGAUCGAUGUGGAUGCAGACGAUGGCGAGGAGGACGAUUCCUAG